UAUACCAAAAUCUAAUGCUUUCAUAUUAUACGAGAAUUAUUUUCACUUCCGGAAAUACCAAUGUUGGCGUGCUUUGAAUAUAAAAAAAAUUCAAGAAACGCCAAGUAUAAUAUCGCGAGUUUACAAUCUGAAAUGAGCUUUGCUAUUUUUAGGGCUGAUAUUCAUCAACAGAAACAAAAAUUCACCGUUAAAUAUGUAUGAUUGUUUUUAGUUGUGUAAUAAGAAUAAUUAUAUUUUAAUUUUUAAAUCUCGGAAAACUGAUUUUAUGACGUAUAAUUUCUAUUCGCUUAUUUUCUGUUAAGCCUAGUUCGAAUUCGUCUUAGUAUUCUUAGUAUCUCUGAGCUACCCGUAUUUAAUGACAGCCAUGCUGAAUCGUUUAUCUUUAACAAGUGUGUUGCUUGGGCUCAUUCUACUUAUGCUUCAAGAAUCUGGUUGUCAAAGUUACCAGGUUAUGGGCUCAUAUCCUUUGAGUGCUACCUAUGAAGAUAGACAGAUUUUCAGGCGGGAUCAUCAGAAAAAAGAAGAAGAAAAUAGCUUGGCAUAUCCCAAGAUGGCUUCAGAUUUCUUCGGAUCCAACUCUGAUGAAUCAUCUGAUCGAAACCGCUAUCACGAAGAUAAUGAUUCAUCAAUUUCUUCCGACGAGGUUUUGGAAAUACCCCUUGGACAUUCGUCUCAAGUUGUAAAAAGAAGGAAAGGGCCUACUCUUUCUGUAGUUAACCCAUUGGAGAUUCUCCGCCAACGCCUGAUGUUGGAUUUGGCUAGAAGACGAAUUCACGAGAACCAGCAGCAAAUUGUAGCCAAUGCCCAAAUGUUAGAGAGUAUCGGAAAAAGAAGCGUACGACGAUCAGACGAAUUUGCAAAUCUAGGGAGUGAUAAGAAUUAUCAACCUUGAAUGCACAUCGUGAAUUGGAGUCCUAUAGGAAGAUGGAUGUAUAUUUUGUGACAGCCUACUGAUGUGCGAGGUACAAUGAAAGCCAGGACUCCAACUUCCACUACAAAUCACAUCUAUUUAUGCCAUUUUAUGUCCAUUUGAUUUAUUUUGUUAUUUCAAGAACUAUCUUUUAUUUUAUUUCAAUACAAUGGUGCGAGAGUUAACAAGUAUAAUGAUAACCCCAAAUAAAUUAGAGAACUACCCUAUGACUAUUUCAGUACUUGUAAAAAUACAUUUUAUUUCUGUAUUUUUAACAUAUGUAAACUUAUGAAUGUGUACGUGUGCAUAUUAUGUGUUCUGUAUGAGCUUCUUGUUGCAUUUUUGUUACACGCUGUACAGAUGUAUUAUUGCUGUUAUAUUAUCAACUACUUAUAAAAUUUAGUUGCUAAUUGUGACACUCAUAACGUCGAAAUGGUAGACAAAAAUAAAUUUGUUUCAUUUUCCCUUGA